CUUUGUCUCGAUGCCUUACUCAUACAAUCUAUAUAUUGGCACAUAGUCACAGAGUGUAAAUUCUAAAGCCAAGCAACAUACGUGCCGCUUAUCAGUUGAGCGCAGUCAGAGGUCACACUGCCUCAUGCCGUUUCAGGCUUUGAGCGCAUCGCAGUCUACACAAAAUUCUCACUUAUCACUUGGCAAACGGUCAAAUCGAUCAGCGAGCUCUCACUUGCGCUUAGUGAGACCUAUUAAUUGACUUCUGAAACGCUCGAAACUGUCUAGUUUCGUUCAGCAUUUUGAAGCGAGUAGCAUUUUAGGAAGGUGCGGAUAAAUGUCGCUUUUAAAGGUCUGCACAUUUUUAGCAGCGAUCUCGCUUGCCGUCGCCGAUUCUAUAGAUUUUAAGACGUGCGGUGAUGUCGAUGCCUGCACCAUACACGAGGUACGCGUCAAUCCUUGCCCACAGGCUAGCGAGCAUUUGGCAUGCCAUAUACGUCGCCGCCGUCCGGCCACUAUGUCCUUCGACUUCACGCCCAAUUUCGCUGCGGAGACGUUGGAAGCCGGUCUGGCCUGGCAAAAGAGCGCCACACAGGAUCUACCGUUGAUCACCAUGGACAAGGAGGCAUGCAAGUACACGCCCUGUCCAACGAUCGCCAAUCAACGCCAGACAUACACCAUGGACGUGCCGAUCGAAAGUAAAUUCCCCAUUAACCCCUACACCAUCAAGUGGACCCUAAAAGCGCCCACUGGACAAGUUUGCUGCUUCACCAUCGACAUCAAAGUGGUACGUUAAGUCCAAGCUGAGGGGAGAGGGAAAUUUAAUUUUUAAACUUAAUGAAAUUGGAAAAGAUAUUAAUUUUAUAAUUAAAAUUUUACGUACGUAAACGGUAAAAAUAAAUUGGUCAAUAUUCAUUUUAACUAAUUGCAUAAA